AUGGCAAUGCAUCUCGCCAGUAUGGUACACGGCAGCUCUCGAUACCCCAUGUCGGGUGUUGCUGCCUCCUCCUAUCCGGUACAGGCCCCAUCACCGUCACACCAACAACAACAGCAGCAGCAGCAGCAGCAACUGCACCAGUACCGUCAGCAGCAACAAACAACACAACAGCGUCCUCAGUCGCCGCCUUCGCCCCCGGCCGAGGAGAAGAAGCCUUCACUGCCCUCAAUUUCGAGCUUGCUUGAGUUCGCCGGCAACGAGAAGCCUGCUUCCGAAACUGCUUCCCAUAGUCCUCAAUCACAACAUCGCCAGUCUGCAUCGCCGCAAUUACGGCAAGCACAGCAGGGAGGGUCAACCGCCAUGCAGCAGCCAGCGCAACCCCAGACAAGCCGGCAAGAGCAGUUCACUUCCUACGCGCCCGCCUCGGCCCCAAACAGCACUAGGAUGACACUGCCCCCAACACCACCAAUGCACCCCGACAUGGCGCACGACGGUAACCAGUCGCCUUCAGCUGCUUCUAGUCACUCGGCCACCUCUACGCCUUACUUCAUCGGUGGCUCUCUCAACAACAUGGAGCCCCACCAACAGCGACAGUCGUUUUCCUCCAUGCCUCCUCUGAAGCGGGACUCACUACAGUCUCACUCCAUGUCGCCUUACAGCAACUCCGUGUACGGCCAGUCACCUUACCAGUCGUCACCGGGCGCCAUCUCUUCAGCCUCGUUCUACUCACCAGAGCAACACUCUUACAACAGCCCUGCUGCCUAUGCGCAGCGCCCAUUGCCUUCAAACUUCCAGCCCCACACAAUGCCUCUGCCUGUACCUGUGCCCAGCCCUGCUGCCAACGGCUCAAACCCAUGGCAACACCACCACUACAUUAGCACUUCGAGCCAGUCGCAGUUCCCUCAGUCGCAAGACCGCUACAUCUGCUCCACUUGCAACAAGGCCUUCUCGCGGCCAAGCAGCCUUCGCAUCCACAGUCACAGCCACACUGGCGAGAAGCCCUACAAGUGCCCGCAGCCUGGCUGUGGCAAAGCCUUCAGUGUCCGCAGCAACAUGAAGCGCCACGAGCGAGGUUGCCACGCAGCCUCAAGCACCACACUUUCGACCUAA